AAGGCAAAUUUAUUACGGCUAAGGAGACUUAAAAUUUGCAGUGGCCGCUUACUUUAAAAUGUCAACAUUAUCAGACACCCCCAAACAUAUCAAAUCAACACCGCUUCAACAACAGGCAAGCCAAGAAACCAAGGAUAGCAAUAGGGUCGAUGGCAACGAGUCGUCCAGUCGAGUCAGGGGCAGCAGCUGGUGGUGGCGUACACGCAGCUUAAACGCGCCGUCACCCUUUCAGCAGUUUGGACCAUGUGGACGUAUCAUGAAAAACUCAGCAGUGGUAAUGCAAAUCCAGGAUCCCGCCAGUCAACGGCUGACCUGGUACAAGCCACCACUAACUGUUCUGGUCAUUAAGAAAGUCAGCGAUGCUUCCGUGUUGACGCCGUUCGUGCAGCUGGUCCUUUGGUUGCUGCAGGAGAAGAAUAUGGUCGUCUGGGUGGAGUCUGCAGUACUAGACGAUGCUUUACUCAAUGAGGACGUUCAAUUUCGUGCCAUUCGCGAUAAGCUGGUGACGUUUAAAGAUGGACGGGAUGAUCUCACCGAUCGAAUUGAUUUUAUUGUCUGCCUUGGUGGUGAUGGUACUCUGUUAUAUGCCUCUCUACUGUUUCAGCAAUCGGUGCCGCCAGUUAUGGCCUUCCAUUUAGGAUCUUUGGGCUUUUUGACACCUUUUCGUUUUGAUAAUUUUCAAGAACAACUUACCAGCGUUCUUGAAGGUCAUGCGGCGCUUACAUUGCGCAGUCGCCUGCGCUGUGUGAUGCAUCGAAGAAGCGAAAAGCGACACGAGGUAAACCUAGCUGUGGAUGUGAAUGCACCCAUGUCCCCCUUGGCUAAUACAAUAUUAGUUUUGAACGAGGUGGUCAUCGAUCGAGGCCCAUCGCCCUAUUUAAGCAAUAUUGAUCUGUUUUUGGAUGGCAAGUACAUUACAUCAGUACAGGGCGAUGGCUUAAUAGUAUCCUCGCCCACGGGCAGCACAGCCUAUGCGGUAGCUGCUGGUGCCUCCAUGAUACAUCCGUCUGUGCCGGCUAUUAUGGUUACUCCGAUUUGUCCGCAUUCACUAAGUUUCAGACCAAUUGUGGUGCCCGCAGGUGUUGAAUUGAAAAUUUCCGUUUCACCUGAGAGUCGCAAUACUUCCUGGGUAAGCUUCGAUGGCCGAAAUCGUCAGGAGCUGUUUCACGGCGAUAGUCUGCGCGUGACAACCUCAAUUUAUCCAGUGCCCAGCAUUUGCGCCCAAGAUCAAAUAUCCGACUGGUUUGCCUCUCUAGCCGAUGGACUGCACUGGAAUGUACGCAAACGUCAGAAGUGUCUUGAUGAAUUGUCAGACUUAACGGCAUCCGGAUCGGAAGACACGUUCGAUGAGAUUGAAAAUACAAAAAUGCGUACUCGCAGCCUGAACGCACCUUCGCCAUUCCAGCAGUUUGGACCAUGCGGUCGCAUUAUGAAGAACUCCGCCAUGGUAAUGCAAAUACAAGAUCCCGCCAGUCAGCGUCUGACCUGGUACAAGCCACCACUCACUGUACUCGUGAUUAAGAAGAAAGACUCGCUGGUGCUGCUGCCGUUCGUGCAGCUAGUCGAAUGGCUGGUGCAGGAGAAAAAUAUGGUGGUCUGGGUAGAGUCUGCUGUGCUGGAGGACAAGUUGCUGCGCGACGAUGUCAAACUGGAGCAAGAGAGUGCUAAAUUUCGUCAGGUUCAUGAGUAUUACAGUGGAGUGCGUUCACGUUUUCUGGCUCUGCGAGAAAAGUUGGUAACCUUUAAAGAUGGGCGCGACGAUCUCACCGAUCGCAUUGACUUUAUUGUCUGCCUUGGAGGCGAUGGCACGCUUCUGUAUGCUUCACAGCUAUUUCAACAAUCGGUGCCACCAGUUAUGGCAUUCUAUCUCGGCUCGCUGGGUUUUCUGACCCCCUUUCAGUGUGAUAACUUUCAGGAUCAAGUGACCAAUGUGCUGGAAGGACAUGCUGCGCUCACGUUACGCAGUCGUCUGCGUUGUUCAAUUCAUCGCAAGGGCGAACGGCACAGGGAGUCUCUGCAGCAAGUAAGCAAUAAUAUGCUGAAGCCUAGUCUGCGACUGCACAAUUACAGUGCGAUGGGUGACCCAACAGUUAGCAACAACAACUGGAGUUCAUAUUCAGGACAGUCGUCUGCAGCCAACAACAGUAUUCUUGUGUUGAACGAGGUGGUCAUCAAUCGGGGACCGUCGCCUUAUUUGAGCAACAUCGAUAUAUUCUUAGAUGGAAAAUACAUAACAUCCGUGCAGGGCGAUGGAUUGAUUGUGUCUACGCCAACGGGCAGUACAGCUUAUGCGGCAGCCGCUGGCGCCUCUAUGAUACACCCAUCUGUGCCAGCCAUAUUGGUGACACCCAUUUGUCCCCAUUCACUAAGUUUUAGGCCAAUUGUUGUUCCAGCUGGUGUUGAACUGAAGAUAUCAAUAUCUCCGGACAGCAGGAAUACGUCUCGCGUAUCUUUCGAUGGACGAAAUGAUCAGGAGUUAAAUCAUGGUGACAGCCUGCGAGUGACAACCUCUAUUUACCCGGUCCCAAGCAUUUGCGCACAGGAUCAAAUAUCCGAUUGGUUCGACUCACUGGCGGAGGGUCUGCAUUGGAAUGUGCGUAAACGUCAAAAGUGUCUUGACGAACUUUCGGAUUUGACGGCAUCCGGCUCAGAGGACACGCUCGAUGAGUUUGACAAUCUUAAAAUCCAAGAUUCGUAGUGCUCAACCACAAUCUAGUGUAGUAGUGGUUUAGUAUAUAGAGUUAGCUCGUGUGCAAUUUGUAAACAUUUAAAGUUUCUAGCUAGAAAAAUACUCCGUUCUGUUGUACAAUAUAUUUGGUUGAGUUUAACGUUAUUUCUCUAUUUUAAACUAGACAAUUUUUUAUUUCUUGAGAACAAAUCAGUUUAAGUGUAGGUCCUAAGAUCAAGCUCACGCAAAGUGCCGCGGAAAUGUUAAAACUGUGUGUGUGUAUAUUUUGUACUAGUAAUAAAUUAUUUUAUUUACUAAAACCAAA